CAUCCAAACAGCGCAGUGGUUUCAACGGGCUUCCGUAAAUUUGCUGAUACGUCAACAGCCAAGAUGGCGGACUGGAAUCGAGGACAAGGUGCUGUUGACGAUAUGUUGGACGCGGAAAACAAGCUUAUGGCUGACAAUUUGGCGUCCAAAGUUUCCAGAUUGAAAUCGCUUGCCUACGACAUUGACAAAGAAACUGAAGACCAAAAUUCCUAUUUGGAUGGCAUGGAUUCCAAUUUUCUGAGUGCUACAGGACUGUUGACUGGCAGUGUGAAGAGGUUCUCUGGCAUGGUGCGAUCUGGAAGAGACAAUCGCAAAAUCCUCUGCUAUGUCUCAGUAGGACUGGUCUUUGUCUUCUUCCUGCUCUACUAUCUCAUCUACAGGGUCCAGAACUGAAGAGCUUUAACAAGAAUGGAACUUUAUAGUGUGGCUGGCUACUUCCCUCUCAGUUAUACCAAGAAAGACCAAAUAUAAACUUUUAUUGUGAAGAUUUUGGAUAGGAAAUCAUCUCACCCAUCACCCCCUCUCCAAUUCUCGAUAUAAUAAUGUCUUCUGCUCUAAAUGAAAUACAGUAUGUGCAGAUGUGUAUAUAAUUUGUCUCAGUUAUAUGAGAACUUUCAUUGUAUAUACAUUAUCUAAGACCCCAGUCAUGUAAAACUGAAUGUUUGCCCCACCCCACACACACACAGAAAAACAACUCAUCCUUACCAGGAUGCAGUUAAAAGCAGGACAGUCCUUUAUUUACAUUGAUAAAUAGCCCUAGAGAUUGGCAGUGUGUCAAAUAAUGUCCCAGUGCCCUUUUCACAUUACUGAGCCAAGACAGGCAGUACUGACAGGCAGUAUACAAAAGUACUGUAGAAUCUCUAAGACAUUACCUGAACUGUAAGUUGUCAGCACCUGGCAUGUAAUGAACUGUUCUUGCAUUUCCUAAACAACUACAUAACAUGAUCCUACAUAACAUGAUCCUUUUUUCCAGUGAGUUGUAUAAAUCCUUGUAAUGUAUGUGUAAUAAACAUUUUGAUACUACAGUCGACUCCGGAUAAGUGUGAACUCCACAGGUCCCAAUUCAAUUUUUCUUGCUCUGAAUAUCUGCUCCAGUGGUUUGUGUAGUUAAUGCAGUCCUGAACCAAUGGAGCCAUUUCACUUAUCAGGAGUCGACUAGUUUACAGAUGGUUGAUUUUUACAGAGAUGGCAAGACAUUUAGAUUUUAAGGAUAUUAAAUGGGAUUUUGCAAAAA